AUCAUAAGGGUUGAUGUGUGCUUCAGCACCUCACCCCUUAAGUUAAGCAAGAGGUUAGGGAUCGAUUUUCACGGCUGGUGAAUGAAAAAAAUUCUGCUCAGCAACGAAAAAUUAACCAGUAUUAGUUUCACACUGCCAGCUGUUAGGAUAUUGGGAAACCGAAAAAAAAAAAAAACAAAGCUUUGAGAGGGUUCGUCGCACAACUCAUCUCUACUUCCCAUGGCUGCUCGAUCUAUUUUCCUCACUCUCACAAGAAAUGUUCGUGGCCGAGAAAGGAGUCUAUUUAGAUCCUUCACUACAACAACUGAAGUUGUGUAUGAAGACUCACCGGAUUCUGCUGUGGAAGAAAAGGACGAAACCGUAGAUGAUUUGAAGAGCAGAAUCUUCAGUGUUAGACUACCCAAAAGAAGCGCCACCAACGUGCUUCAAAGAUGGGUCGGUGAAGGUCGACAAGUAUCCAUCUCCGACCUCCGUCACAUCUCCAAAGAGCUUCAGAAAUCACGAAGAUUCAAGCACGCCCUCGAGAUCUCAGAAUGGCUGGUUUACCACAAUCAGGAUGAAGCGUUGGACUCUGACUAUGCUACCCGCAUUGACUUGAUCACCAAAGUUUUUGGAAUUGAUUCUGCUGAACGUUAUUUUGAAGGACUGCCUUCUACUGCAAAAACCACUGAAACAUAUACUGCUCUCCUCCACUCCUACGCCAGUUUAAGACUGACUGAGAAAGCUGAAGAUCUCUAUGAGAGAAUGAAAGAAGCAAAUCUUUCUCUGAAUACUGUUACUUAUAAUGAAAUGAUGACUUUGUACAUGUCUGUCGGACUGCUGGGGAAAGUACCUCUUAUUGUUGAGGAGAUGAAACUUCACAAGGUCUCACCUGACCUAUUUACAUACAAUCUGUGGGUAAGUUCAUGUGCUGCAACUCUAAAGAUUGAUGAGGUUAGACGGAUUCUUUAUGAAAUAAGUCUUGGCUCUGACUAUGGUGAACAGUGGAAAAGAUACAUUAACCUUGUUUACAUAUAUAUCACCUCAGGUAACCUUGUAAACUCAGGGUUGAACUCUGUGGUUGAGUGUGUGAAAGGUAUCACACAAAGAGAGUGGAUAUCCUAUGACUUCCUUAUUAUUCUCUAUGGUGCAUUGGGAAAUAAAGACAAGCUUGAUCAAAUUUGGAAAUCCUUAAGAAUGACCAAUCAAAAAAUGUCUAGCAGAAAUUAUGUCUGCAUACUCUCAUCAUAUCUCAUGCUUGGGCAUAUGAAUGAAGUUGGAGAAAUUAUUGACCAGUGGAAGCUAUCUGCAGCUGCAGAUUUUGAUAGCUCCAGCGGCAAUAGACUUCUAAAAGCGUAUAAAGAAAGUGGGUUGGAAGAGCGCGCAGUAGCUUGCCGGCUACUUCUAAUUCAGAAAGGAUGUGAUCAAAUAGAGGAAUUGUAGUAACAAGACCAUGAGAUCAAGCAUCAAGCAUGUUAAUUUGAAAACACCUGCCAGCAUUUCAUUCGGCAGUAUACAGAAAAUUAACAAUGCCAAUAAAAGUAGUAAUUUCGUCUCUACUUUUGCCUCUGUUAAAUGGGCAGUUCAGCGUGAGACCAUUUCUGUUUUUUUGCACCUAUAGCUGCGACUUUUUUGGAAAAGUUCUGCAGCUAUUCUGGACUUCAUAUUCUAUUUAGCAAGUAUGAUGAGUAUUUAGCAGGAAUACCGAUGGGACUUCUUUCCUUUCCCAAUUAUUUGACAUUA